UGGUAACAGUGUAAGGUUGAAGACACAAACCUGGUGUGUCCUUUGUUAAAUAUGUUUCAGUGUUUAACUUGGCAUGAAAUGCUCUCUGGUAGAAUCAGGUGCAGAAAAUGUUUCUUCUUAUUUACAUGAACUCACUAAAAAUGUCUGUCUUAUUCUUGCAGAGCUUAGUUUUCUUUGGAACAUCCUGACUCUCAUAGCAGGAAUUUGUGGAACUGAAUUUAUUAUCUGACACAGAUCACUGUGGUGAUAAUCUCAGGAGAAAGCCAGACCCUGCCCUGGGUGUCUGCCCCAGGCCGCCUCGGCAGGAGGAACGGGAGGAUCAGGCCUCACGGUCGCCAGCUGCAGCCUUCAUGCAGGACAUCAACACCUCGGUGCCUGCUGGAGAAACGGCACAGCUGGGAUGGAGAAACGUGCCAGAGAUGCUACCUGGAAUCGGGUGCGGGCGGCGCUGGCGGCGCUGCUGGCGCUGCUCUGCGCGGCGCUGCUCCCGCUCCGCCCGGAGGCCGCCAGGGCGCCCAAGCAGCGGCCGGCGCGGACGCGGAGCUGCGGCGAGCGGCCCGAGGAGCUGCUGGAGCAGCUGUACGGGCGGCUGGCGGCGGGCAUGCUCAGCGCCUUCCACCACACCCUGCAGCCCGAGCCGCCGGGCCGCCAGCACAACGCCAGCUGCCCCGCCGGGGCGCGGCCGCCCGCAGACAAGAGGGUCCGGCUCCCCGUCAACCUGCGCAGCGCAUCGCCCUGGGCAUACAGGAUUUCCUAUGAUCCUACGAGAUACCCUAAGUACAUUCCCGAAGCCUACUGCCUGUGCAAAGGCUGCCUGAUGGGGAUCUUUGGCGAGGAGAGCUUGCACUUCCGCAGCACCCCGGUGUUCAUGCCCACGGUCAUCCUGCGCCGCACGCCCGCCUGCGCCGGGGGCCGCUACGUCUACACCGAGGAUUACAUCACCAUCCCCGUGGGCUGCACCUGCGUCCCCGAGCAGGAAAAGGAGGCAGAGAGCGUCAAUUCCAGCAUAGAUAAGCAAGAAGUGAAGCUGCUGGUGGGCCAGAACAAGCCCUCGUCAGAAUGAAGAAUGUAUUAAAAGUUAUGUUUCAGUACUGGGCUCUCACAUCAUCACCUCACCACCUCAGGAAACUGCAGCACAGCAGCAAACACACUCACUCACCCUCUUUUUCUGCUUAUAGUUAUUUCAGAUAUAAGAUGGAAAGUCCAGUCACUCAGAUCAUUAGAGAUGGCAAUUAAUUCUAUUUCUUUAGCUCAUGUAAACUUGUUUAGUUCAUUAUUGCAAACUCCAAAGCAGCUUUUUUUUUUUUCCUUAGAGCAGAACAUUUUAUCUUUGCUUAUUCACAGUAAAUUUUAGAAGACGAUGCAACUGUAAGACAUGGUAGCUAUUACUAUAGCAGGCUACUGGCUGUAGAUAUUUUUGAGGAAUCUCUUAUAUUCUACUUUUAAGUACACUUGUAUAAAAAUCACACAGCUGCUGUACAUGUGACAAAUCAGCAGUUAAAAGGAUAGUUUCUCAGGCUGGGAGAGUCUCCCUUUAUACUGCAUUAGCUCCAAGCUUUGCCUCUGAGCUGUUACCUGUUUGGCUAAUUUAUACUCUACAGAAAGGAAACCUUUGCUGAGUUGGAGUCAUUCAUGAAGCAAUAUUCUGUGUGCUUGCUAUUUUUAAACUCGCCAAAUUGCUAAGUGUACAAAGGUGUUGAGAAAAAACAUGCUAGAAUAUUGUAAAAAUGCAGCAGACUUUCUUGAUAUGGACUAUGUCUAAUUACACAGAAAAUAUCAAUUAGGAAAAACACAGUUUGGGUCCCAAAAAUUCUGUAUUUGAUUUCAUCCAUCACUGACUGCUUAACUUCCUUGUGCUUCCUUGUGAUAAAACUGUGUUCCAUGCAGCUGAAAGGCCAAAACCUUUCUCAUUUUAGGAGAGGAGAUUGCCCAUUAAAAAGUAAGUACCAAGGAUUGGCUUCACCUCAGGUGCACUGCAGGUGAGUAAGCAGACUAGGUCUUAACUCCCAGAUCCUACAAGAGGUCAUUGAGUUGAGUCCCAGCCAAUCCAAACUUGUUAAAUCCAACUGAUUUUUACAAUUACUGUUACUCAUAUCUCCUUAUGCUACAUGUAACAGAUGAUCAUCACCUGCAAAAGCUGACAUUCUGCAGACGGGCAGCCUUCCAUCUGUGCAGCCUACUGCUGAUGGAAAUUGAUAGCAGACCCUCAGCAGAAGCCCUGCAUACACAAAAACUUGCAUUUCCAGAACAAGAGACUGAAGUUGACUCAGCCUAGUGAAUGAGAAUCAGGAAUGACCAGGCAUGCCUUGCACAAACAUAAUUCCUCAGGGGGCCACACUCGCCAAAACAGAUAAACCUCUGAAUGCACAGCAGAGAAUCUCUUCUACAGAUGAAAGAUCAUGACUGAAGGAUCAGUACCUUUACAGAAUAAACAUCAUAUGCAGGAAUGUAUCUGCUACAUCAUGAAUCUUGAAAUUGGCCUUAAUUCAUAGCAGAGAAAGUCCUUACACUACAUAAACACACUCUUCUUUGGAGUGUUGUUGGAUGAAGAAUGAAAAGACUAUGAGCUAAUCACAAUUACCAAGCUGAAGACAGAAUGAAAGUCAUAUGACAACUCCAUGUCUUGGUGCAUCAUUAUUGAUUGUGCUCUCUCUGACUCAAUCUAGCAUAACAGUAUUUUUACAGUGCAAUCUGUGAAACCUCUUACAAAGCCUAGAAUAACUUUAAGAACUCCAGAAAUAAAUAAAGAUUCCCAUCACAAUGUCAUAUUGAA